AUAGUGAUAAAAGCAAUAUAAGCACAAUAAAAGCUAGGGAAAUGAUGUCGUGAACCACUGUUUUAUUUACUAGUGCUCCAGAAUCUAAACUUCAGAUAACGGUAGUUAGGAAGAAACGAACGUGUGAACUCCGCAGCCAAAAGUCUUUAAUUACUUUAUUGAGAGAACGUACUUCUACUUAUUACUUUUUGGGUUCAACUACAAUCAUUUGUACCUAUAAAAAUGACCAGUCCAGCCAAAACAGUGAACGAUCUAGUUCUACUUUUUAUGAACGAGUUGACAUCCCGAAUUGUAGCGCAAACGGGCAGGCCCGAAGAUAGAUUUCACUUGGGAAAGAUCAUAUUACAGAGCUUCAAAGAUGCUCCGGAUUUUGUUAUGCAGAUUGAUGGACUAACUGGAGAAACCGUAACGUUUGGUCAAGCUCUAGAGAGAACGGUAAGAUGUGCCAUAUCCUUCAGGAACAUGGGGCUGAAGACAGGAGACGUCAUGGUGCUCAUGUGUCCAAACUAUUUCGACCUAGCCACAGCUUUCUACGCGGCUUUGUACGAGGGCAUCAUCAUAUAUGCUGUUGAUAUAAGUCUGGGUGUUCAGGAAAUCAAAAACGCGUUUGAAGUAAGCCAGCCCAAAAUAAUACUUACCCAAACUGAAAAGACAAGUGAAAUAGAAGAAGCUCUAAAGGCACUAAAACUGAAUACACCGAUAGUGACAUUGGACAAAGGAGGCAAAUAUUUAAUAUUUUCCGACUUUGUGAAGAAAUAUACAGAUAAUUCGCCAGUUGAAAACUAUAAGCCAAAUGACUUUGAUCCCGCUGAUACAGUGGCCAUCUUGGUUGCCACGAGUGGAACUACGGGUGUUCCGAAGUCAGCAGCCUGCUCUCAUAAAAAUUUGGCCGUUGUCCAGCCAUAUGUUUGGUCUAGAUUCACUUCUUUUCCCACCCCUACCCGUAUGGCAAUGGUAUGCAGCAGUCUACAAUGGAUGACGGCUUUGAUGAACUAUCUAACGUCACCGAUGAUGAGGUUCACCAGACUACAGUCCACAAAACCGAUGACACGGGAACAUGCUUAUGACCUCAUCAACAAGUACAAGCCAACCUUCACGAUAAUGUCACCCACAUUGAUGACGACCCUAUUAACUCCUGGACUGCGAGACAUUUGUAAUUUCAGCAGCUUUGAAGUCAUCCUACUGUCAGGCAGUGCGGUACAUCAAGAAUUGCUGGACGAAGUUCAGAAAGUAAUGCCCUCCGUGCAGGCCUCCAUCUGUUAUGGUAUGAGCGAGUUGAGUGGCAUUGCUUUUCAUAGCGUGUUCCCUGUGCGUGGGGCCUGUGGACUGCCUUUGGGGUGCAAUCUAUUCAGAAUAAUUGACAUGGAAACAUCGCAAGAUAUCCAUGAACCCUACGUCAAAGGAGAGUUGUGGGUGAAAGGUCCAGGUACUAUUAAAGAAUAUUACAAGAACAUAGAGGCGACAAAACUAACAUACGCUGACGAUGGAUGGUUCAAAACUGGGGACUUGUUUUACAGAGACGAACACUUUUAUUAUUAUUUCGUGGAACGCAUAAAACUUCUGCUUAAAUAUCAGAAUUAUCAGAUAUCUCCAGUAGAAGUUGAGAGGGUAAUUCUCCAACAUCUUGGAGUCAUGGACGCUGUAGUUGUCGGUAUCCCGGAGAAGACAAGUGGAGAAUUACCCGCGGCUUUCGUCAUACGCCGCCCAGGCAGCAACGUCAGUGCUCAAGACAUUAAAGAUCUAGUUAAAAGGUCCCUUGCUCACUCCAAGCAGUUGCGAGGAGGAGUCAUCUUCGUGGACGCUUUCCCGACCACGGCAACCUCCAAAGUUCACCGAAUGAAGUUAACGGAAAUGGCGCUUACUAUGCGUAGAGAAUGAUUUAAUAAACAUAUAAGAAAAAUGGA